AUGACUGUGGGAUCCUUGUCCAAAGAGAAUGAUACUAAUGCGCUACGCCCAUCUCAGAACGAGCAUCUCUGCCGAGUUCGCGAAGCGGAUUUACGCCUUCGAAUACUGAUAGUCGGAUGCGGACUAGGUGGAAUGGCAGCUGCUCACUGUCUUGCCCGGGCCGGUCAUGAUAUUGUUAUUCUCGAGUCGGAAAGUGUUCUGGAAGAAGAGGGCGCUGGGCUACAGGUAUCCCCAAAUGCUUCCCGCUUGCUUACACGCUGGGGUCUAGCGAACAAGCUCGCAGAGGUGGCAGUUGAACCUCAGGGUGUCGCAUUUCGACGCUACGAGAACGGCGAGCUCGUCGGGUACGCGCGGUGGGGAAGUGUGAUGCGGCAAAUGCACGGGGCUCCAAAUUACCAUGUUCACAGAGCGGACCUACACAAACUGUUGCUUGACCUAAUAUCUACCUCUCCAAGAAUCAAGCUGAGACUGGAUGCACGUGUUGUGGACAUGAAUCCAGUCCCUGAUCCUCAAGUAUCCGUAAGGCUUGCAACAGGAGAGACUGUAAUUGGAGAUAUAAUAAUCGGUUCGGAUGGAGUGAAAAGCAUGGUAAGAAGCAUCGUUCUGGGAUAUCCAGAUCGAGCGGAACCCACCGGGGAUGUUGCCUAUCGAACAGUCAUUCCUGCAGACUGGAUACGGGAUGACCCAGAGUUGAAGUCUCUGAUAGAGACUCCCGAGAUUACUGCCUGGAUGGGUCCAAAGAAACAUAUGAUUGGGUAUUGUAUAAGAGCAAAGGGAGAGUAUAACAUGGCUAUGGUUCAUCAAGAAGGAUUCACGGAAGAACCAUGGUCGCCAGAAACCGACCCAGAUAAAUUAAGGCUCACUUUUGCUGACUUCGAGCCUCGUGUCCGCAAACUGCUUUCGCAUGUCACAUCUACUCUCAGGUGGAGGCUAACAGACCACGAUCCCCUCGAAAGAUGGAUACAUCCUGCUGGUCGCGUCGUCCUUCUUGGGGAUGCAUGCCACCCCAUGCUUCCAUACCGUGCUCAAGGUGCUGCAAUGGCAUUCGAAGACGCAGCAGUGCUCGGCUCUCUCUUAUCUCGACUUUCUUCCCUCGCGCAACUACCAAGGCUCCUCUAUGCAUACGAAAGCAUUCGCCGUCCGCGUGCAACAAAGACGCAGCUCGCUAGUCGAAUGAAUCAGUAUAUUUUCCAUCUCCCCGAUGGGCCGGAGCAGGAGCAACGUGAUUCCCAGAUGCGCAGUGCAAUGAAGUUUGAGCUUGAACAGGCGUGCCUGGAAAAAUCACCUGGACUCGAUCAACUUAACGAAGGGAAUGCUAACCAGUGGGCUGAUAAGCAAAAGAAUAUCGAACAAUUCUCCUAUGAUGCAGAUGCGGCGGCGGACUUUUGGCUAGCCGAGAAUGGUGAAAUUUCGUAUAAUUAG